AUGAUUUCUUCAGUGUUAUUUUAUGCCCUCUUUGUUUGUGCAGCGGUCCGCGCGGAGGACUAUUACUACGCGCCGGGUAACGUUUCGCGCGCGACGAUGUCCGGGAUCCUGGCGUACCGCUCCGCCCUGACCCUGGACUGGCUGGCCGCCGAGGACUCGAGGCAACGCGAGCUGGUAGCCGCCUACGAGACGGAGCCCUCCGCCCCCUCUAGGAUCAUCACCACGGAGUGCAUAAAUUACCCGAAGCCCUCAUCAGGGAAGGUGGCUAAGCUGAUGUUGGAACUGCUUAAAAACCUAGAAGGCGACGAUGGAGUUUUGGUGCCGGACUUGAUUCGAGUCCUUGUGAGAUCGAAAAUGCUGGUGGAAACCUCAAUGCUGGACUCCGAACCGGACCUGGAGUCACUGGUGAAGACGCCGACGAUGAUGAUGGGCGAGCCCCACGUCUCCUUCCCGAGGAUCCUGGCGAUAGUAUGGAUGCUAGUCACAGACACAACGACGACGACGAAUAAUGGUUGGUGCCCUCUUAGCAAGGUGAAUGAAUAUCUGGCGACAACAAAGCCAAUGGAUAUAGCGAAACAUCUGCGCGUGCUGGAACCGGUGGUGGCGAGGGCACGUUACAUAAUGGAGGAGUUCAUACAGAACAUCACUCCCGUCAACAUUUACCAGAAGAAGACCUCAGGACGAGGAGACCUCAAGCUUAGGCAAACGACCACCGAAGCACAGCCAAGCGGGGCCGCAGAUGUGCUUGCCAAAUUGCCACGUUCCAGUGGGGAAGAAGUUGCAAAGCAGGAGGACCAAGAACAGCAGGACAUGGCCAGUUUGGAGACAGAGUACGCAAGUACACAGGUUCUAGAACAAGCUCAGCAGGUGGCGAACUUUGUUGAAAACCUUCCUCCUAAGAGCACAGCAAAUCGAUUCACCGGAAUUGCUCAUGUAUUUACUCUCGCGAUGCUUACAAUGUUUUUU